AUGAAAGACGAUAUAUACACCGAGGAAACGCGUAUCUCUUUCUCUUCGUUGUGCGUGACUUUUGGUGCGGGCUUGCUAGUAAACAAGACAAUUGAAUCAUACAAAUGUCGAGGCUUUCUUGAAAGCACAUGGGGCCCAACCAUACUUGGUAUUAAGCGAUCAGGACCCAGCCACGAAAUAGGUUGUCCAACAAGUGUUCACAGCAUCAAGCCACAGACUUUGUAUGUGGCAUAUCAUGAAGACACUGCCAACAAAGCCAUGAAAAAGAUUGUUCAACAAGUGUUCACAGCAUCACACCAUAGACUUUGUAUGUGGUAUAUCAUGAGGAAACUGCCAACAAAGAUAUCAGGUGACCUUUUACAAAACACAAAUGUCAGGGCAUGCAUUCACCGACUGGUUUGGAAUGUUUAUAUAAAGCAAUCUACUUUUGAAACCCGUUGGGCAGAUCUGCUGGAAACAUUUGCUUUAGAUGAGAAUCAAUGGCUUAAAGAGAUGCAUGAAAUCAGGGAACGUUGGGCACCCGCUUACUUCAGAGACAUCCCCAUGUAUUGCCUCAUCAAGACGACUUCAUGCUGCGAGAGCUCAAAUGCAUCCUUUAUGUAAGUCCCGAAAUUGAAUCAAUACAACGAUAUCACAACGAGUUUAAUUGAAUGGCGGAAUCACACAACUAAACUUGAUUUAAGAACAAGAAGUAGAAUAAUGGAGAUGAACAAAAUAAUCAAAACUUCAACUUGCAUACAAUAGAAUUUUCUAAUACAAGUUUUCAAACACCAGAGAAUUAACAACCUUAAAAAGUAUGCUAACAUAUGUAUUUAUAGGGAAACUAAGCCCAACACUCCCCCUAAAC